AUGUUAGACUCUGAUACUGAAGUUCCUCAAGACAUUUUGGCAGAAUACGACAAAUUGCUAAAAAAAUCUUAUACAGAAAAUUUUGAUGAACUAUAUAAGACAGAUUUAUUAAAAGUAAUUGGAAAAGAUGGUUUUGGUUCACAUAUUGUUCUUUUAGUUCCUUGUUUUAUAGUAACAUCUGGUGUCGACCCUGAAAAAACACUAAGAUAUGCAAUAUUAACAUUAGAUCCUAUAGUGAAAGAAGAUUAUGUUUUAAUAUUAUGUGAAACUCAUACAAGUUGGUUAACUGAUGCUGUCUAUGCUUAUGCUAAACAAUGGUAUGAUACCUUGCCAAGAAAAUAUAAGAAAAAUUUAAGAAAGUUAUAUCUUGUACAUAGUGGAUUUUUAUCGAAAACGUUGUUAACAAUAUUAACACCGUUUGUUUCUGCGAAGUUUUGGAAGAAAGUAGAAUAUAUAGAAAAAUUAGAGGACUUGUUUUUAAAAUUAAAUGUAAAACCUACUAAUUAUUUGAGGUACUUUCCUUAUAUAGUUCAAAGGAAUGAAGAAGUAAUGCUGGGUAAAAAACCAGUUUCAGUAUUUGGCGCAGACAUAGAAAUAUUAUGCCAACGAUUUGGAAAGAAAUACAAAGGGUUUAAUCAUAUUCCAUCAAUAAUUGUAGAAUUUUUGAGUCAUUUAUCCAAACCUGAAGUUAUUAAUACAAAAGAUUUAUUUUAUUUACAAGCAGAUGCAAAUACAUUAUAUGGUAUAAUUGGUGAUAUCGAAUAUGGAGAGCCAACAACCGAUUUUAAUAAUAUACCAGCUCUCGUGUGUUCUUUUAAACUGUUUCUGGAUACUCAGAAACACGGAUUAUUAGGUAAGGACGCUUUUUCGAGGUUACAUCAUUUAAAGAGUGUGUCUGCAUCAAAUAAAGUAAUAAGAGCCACUUUGUCAAAAUUAUAUGAGAAACUGGAACUAGGGGUUCAGCAAUGCGUAAUGUGUCUAUUGAAGUUUUUUCAAACAGUCUCAAACUAUUCAAGUGAGAAUAAUAUGACACCAGAAACACUAGGAAAAAUAUUUUCUUCGACUUUUUUUAGAGGAAGAAAACCUAAUGCAACUUUUGCAGAAUGCAUAAGCUUAGCAAAUAAGUGCAUGGAAAUGCUUAUUGAAAAACCAGAUAUUUUAACUAAUCCUGAAAAUUUUGAUUCAGAUAGUGAAGAAAGCAAAAGUUUUGAAACAAGUUUGGAUGAUAGUAAAUCAGAAAGCAGUAAAGGAACAAAUAAUAGUGGUAAUAAUUCCAGUGAAACUAGUAGUGAUUCCGAUGAUAGUAAAGAAGAUAAAAGUAAAUCAAGUGAAUCUGAUAAAAAUUCGGAAAAAAAUUCUGAGCAAAAUGUGAAGCACUCUUCUUUAGAAUCUGCAGAAAAAGGAAGUGUAGAAAAAAAAAACUUAAAAAAAAAUGACUCGAAAAAAGAAGACACAGAAGAAGAUUCAGAAGAAGACUCAGAAGAAGAAUCAGAAGAAUCAGAAGAAGAAUCUGAAGAAGAUCAAAACAAGUUAAUUUAA